CAGAGCAGGCUGAGGCGGCUGGCAGUGUGAGGGGGGAGGCGGCGGGAGCCGUUGCACGUGCUGUUGGCGGGCCGUUGAGGAGGCGUCGAGGCGGGAGAAGCAGCUUCGCCGCGGUUCCUCUCGGAGCACCAGCCACCCACGCACCUGCGGCGGUUGGGCUGCCGGUGGGUCCGAAAGCCACCAUGGACGACGAGGAUUGGGACACGGAAAUCACGGAUAACCGUGGCGGAGGAGCCUUGCCCGCCUUUCAGCCCAAUUUCCAGAAAUCGGGCAGUUUACCUGUAAGAGCAAAUGAAACUUCAUCUGUCUUUGGUCGAAGUGUGAAGCCAGCAGGUGUUGAUGGAAAACAAAAUGGAGAAGAAAAACCAACAGGUGGAUUUGGAAAUAGACGGAGUUUUGGAAACAGAGGUGCAUCAGGAAAUAGGUUUGAAGAAAGAAACCCAGGUUUUGGGAGAGAAGUUGGUGAUAAUGAAGACAGCCAGUCAGAUGCAUUAUUCUCAAGGAGAGGAGGAAUGAUUGAUGGCGGUGAUACAUAUAGAGGUAGAAGAGGAUCUAUCAGAGGUGGCCGAGGAGGACAUGGGCUAUUUACAAGUAAUGAUUAUGAGAUGCAAGAUGGAGGGCAACAAUCUAGUUUCUUUGGUUCUAAAAGAGGGGGGUUUGGUGCUUCCUCAGGUGAUGCUGAAAAUAGAGGAAGAAGAUUUAGAGGCAGAGGAGGUUACAAGGGAAUCAAUGAAGAAGUAAUUGGAGGUGCUGGGAAAAGUUUGUGGAAAUCAGAUGGUGAUGGAGAAGGGGGUGACUUUGCAGGUCCAAAGGUGACAUAUAUACCACCACCGCCACCAGACAGUGAAGAUGAUAUCUUUGCACAUUACCAGACAGGAAUAAACUUUGACAAAUAUGAUAACAUUCUUGUGGAAGUGUCAGGACUCGAUCGCCCAGCUGCAAUUAUGACCUUUGAAGAAGCUGGUCUCUGUCAAACAUUAAUCAAGAAUAUUGCUAGAGCUGGAUAUUCCAAACUUACCCCUGUGCAGAAGCAUAGUAUUCCUAUUGUACUGGCAGGACGUGAUUUAAUGGCAUGUGCCCAAACAGGAUCUGGAAAAACAGCAGCUUUUCUAAUACCAAUUUUGGCUCAGAUGAUGCAAGAUGGAGUUUCUGCAACUCAGUUCAAAGAGCAGCAAGAACCGGAAUGUAUAAUAGUGGCGCCAACAAGAGAACUUGUAAAUCAGAUCUUCCUUGAAUCAAGAAAAUUUGCAUAUGGUACUUGUAUACGGCCAGUUGUGGUUUAUGGAGGUACACAAACAAAUCAUUCCGUUCGCCAGAUACAGCAAGGCUGUAAUAUAUUAUGUGCUACUCCCGGAAGACUUCUGGAUAUCUUAGGCAGAGAAAAGAUUGGUCUGAGCAAACUCAGGUACUUAGUUUUAGAUGAAGCAGACCGUAUGCUGGAUAUGGGAUUUGGCCCAGAUAUGAAGAAGCUGAUUUCCAAUCCAGGCAUGCCACCAAAGGAUGAACGGCAAACAUUAAUGUUCAGUGCCACUUUUCCUGAAGAAAUUCAGAGGCUGGCUGGAGAAUUUUUGAAGAUAGAGUACCUUUUUGUUGUUGUUGGACAAGUGGGUGGAGCCUGCAGUGAUGUUCAGCAGACUAUACUUCAAGUUAGUCAGUAUGACAAGAGAGACAAACUUGUUGAGAUUCUACAAGGCAUAGGUGAUAAACGAACCAUGGUGUUUGUGGAAACUAAGAAAAAGGCAGAUUUUUUUGCAACUCUUCUUUGCCAAGAAAAAAUAAAAACCACAAGUAUUCAUGGUGAUCGGGAACAGAGAGAACGAGAAGAAGCUCUUCAUGAUUUUCGUUCUGGAAGAUGCCCUGUUCUUGUUGCAACAUCAGUGGCAGCAAGAGGCCUGGAUAUUGAGAAUGUUCAGCAUGUUAUAAAUGUUGAUCUUCCUUCCUCAGUAGAUGAUUAUGUUCACAGAAUUGGGCGAACUGGACGCUGUGGUAACAUAGGCAAAGCAGUUUCUUUCUUUGAUCCUGCUACAGACAGUGGUAUUGCACAGCCCCUCAUCAAAGUGCUUGCAGAUGCCCAACAGGAAGUUCCAUCAUGGCUAGAAGAAAUUGCUUGUGGUUCCUGUCCCGUUGGUUUUAGCAAUCCAAGAAGAAAUAUGUUUGCAUCUGUUGAUUCUAGAAAGGCUUUCCAGAGCAAAGAAAAUCAGCACAGUGGAGGAUUUCUUGCAUCAAAUACAAGUCCAGCUGAUGAGUCGUGGGAUUGACGACCUACAGUGAUGGAAUGAAGUUCUUGACUUAUCAUGCUAAACUUUCCAAGCACAAUAGAUAUGUGAAAAGUUAUCUGAACCCGGAAUACAUUUGCUUAAGCCCCUUUGAUUUCUGUGGCACUUAUUUCCAAGUAAGUAUGUUUAGGAUUGUGGUCUUGAGUUAUUUAAGAAAAUAUUGAUGUUAUUACCACCAAUGUUCAGGAAAGGUGGAUAGAUGGGUUAUACUUAAAAGAAGAUUGUUUUGUUUUAUCUUAAAUGUUUUGUUUGCUGAUAUCUUGGUAGUUGGUGAAUUUA